AGUUGCUCAUGUUGUAGUCACGUGGUCCUGUUCUGUGGCGUGUCCGAGAGGAAGUUUUUUUUAUUGUUUUGUGUGAUCAUAAAAUCAAAAAAGACAAAAAUGUCGUUAACGAUUCCAUUCGAUUGCAAAAAGUUCGUUUGUGCCAUUUGCCAAAAUUACCUGUCGAUGGCCCCCGUUUACAUCUUGCAGGACAAUCGAGAUUUAUGCAGCAAUUGCGUCUUCGGAGACCUAGGGAAGGCAUUUCGGAACGUGUCGUUAGAGAAGCUGUUGGUAAACGCGUACUUUCCGUGUAAAAAUGCGAGUCAGGGCUGCACACUGACCUACAAAUUUGGCGAAGAAGACGAGCACAGAAGCAAGUGCACUUUUAAACCGAUUCAGUGCCCAUUACGCAAGAAAUCCGAAUGCGAAUGGAAAGGCAGUUUUGCAUUGGUACAUCAGCACAUUCACGAAAAACAUGACAAAUUCAUUUCAGAAAAUGCUGAGUUUAUAAUUAACAGGGACGAAGAUACAAUAGACACUUUUGUUGUGUUAAACAGCAAAAAUCGUUGUAUAGUCGAUUAUGUAUACAACUCGAAAAGUGGAGACUUGAAGUACACCGUUGCUUUAUUGGAUGUUGGGGAACAGGAUUUUCAAGUCGAGUUGAGAAAGUACUCGAAACCCGAUAGUCUUACACCGAGUUGUAAACCAUUAAAGGAGCAUAAAGCGGUUUGUUAUAGCGAUGAUCUAUCUCAACGUAUACCCGAGCAAAUUAUCAACUUGCACGUAAUGAAAGGGGUGUUACAAAAUGCUACAUCGAUAUUAAUAUCUCUCGCAACAAAAGCAAAACAAGAACUCAGUGACAGCACCAAUUUAGUAAAAUCUGAUAUUGUGAAUUUUUUCAAGUGUGGAUUGUGUCAUGAAAACUUAAGACUACCAAUUUACGGAGAUGCCAAUUUGCCACCAAUUUGCAGUUAUUGCUACGAUAAUUCUAAGGAACAGUUCAAGUACAAAAUGGUACCAGAAGACAAUGAACUCUCAUGUUUAUUAGCCAAAGAAAAUGAUUCAUGUAAGCAUAAAUACUGUGAUAAAAUACUCAGGGGCACUUGCAUAGUUAACCACGAGCGCUCCUGCCCUUUUCGUAUGUAUAAAUGUUUCAUAUGUCAAAAAAACUUGUUGUACAGUAUAGCACAAGAGCAUUAUGAAAGAAUGCAUCGUAAUUUGAACUAUUUUGAGCAAGAGUCUAAAUUUGUAAUGGAGGCAAAAACCUCCCGUUCAUGCUGUACACUAUUUCAGCAUGAGUUAAUUGUGAUUUGCUUUACUUUUGAUCCUAAUUUCAAGAUCGAAGUGAAGCAGAGUGGGGUUAUUCCUAAUUAUCAAGUUAUUAUUGAAUUGCAAUGUACAAACACAGCUUUGAAUGCCCCGUCUCUAAAGUAUGUUUUCAAUGACAUUGCUGCUCAACCAGUUACCAUACUUUCACGGGAUCUGUUAGCUUGUUUUGAUGCUGAAAUUGGUGUAAGGAUUUAUUUUGAUUCCUGUAAAUAGAAUAAAUGUACUUUUAUAAUAAUUGAAAUUGUUGUUAUUACCAAUUAUAGCGAACUGUAUGUAUAGAAAAUGCUAUUACAAGUUUUAUUUAAUAAAAAAUUACUGACAACCAACUAA